CUCUGACUUACAUUGACUGGAGCUCGACCCGACUCUCUCAAUGAGUGGCCUUGAGCAAACAUGCGCGUCUUUGCGCGCCCAAAUUGCUGCCACCGAAGAACAACUUGCCGGCCUGAAACGUGAGCUCCAAAUCGCAGAGGAGGCCGCCGCGAAAUCUAAAGCAGAGGCUGUGGGGGACGAUGAAGUGGCUCCUGGGAGGCGGUGGCCGCUCCUGGAUGAAGAAUACCGGCGCUAUGGAAGACAGAUGAUUGUACCACAGCUAGGAAUUCAAGGCCAAUUGAAACUCAGAUCGGCAAAGGUUCUGAUCGUGGGAGCUGGUGGAUUAGGAUGUCCAGCAGCAUUAUAUCUUGCCGGAGCUGGUGUGGGCACUCUGGGGCUGGUCGACGGGGAUGCGGUGGAGUCGUCGAAUCUCCAUCGUCAAAUUAUACACAGGUCCAAGAAUGUCGGCAAGCUGAAGGUGGAUAGUGCGAUUGAGUAUCUACAGGAGCUGAACCCUCACCCCAAGUACAUCGCUCAUAGAGAACAUCUGUCGCCCGAAGCAGCGCCGGAUAUCUUUAGCAACUACGACCUGGUUCUCGAUUGUACCGAUAACCCUGCGACUCGAUACCUCAUCUCGGAUACUGCAGUACUCCUGGGUAAACCCUUGGUGUCAGCAUCUGCCCUGCGGACCGAAGGUCAACUGAUGGUGUUGAACAACCCUCCCCGGCCCGCAGGCGAUAAGACUGGAGGCCCUUGCUACCGCUGCGUGUUUCCGAAGCCACCACCGGCGAAUACUGUUACGAGCUGCGCGGAUGGGGGUAUUCUCGGCCCCGUGGUUGGUACAAUGGGCGUUUUGCAGGCGCUGGAAGCCAUCAAGGUCAUCACGGCGGAAGAAACAAGUCCGCCUACUCCACCGUCUUUGCAUAUCUUCUCGGCGUAUUCUACGCCUCUUUUCCGCACCAUAAAACUACGCUCUCGUCGGCCCAAUUGCGCGGUAUGCUCUGCUGAGGCCAGCGUAACGGUGGAUACUGUACGCUCGGGGUCUACCGAUUAUGUCUUCUUCUGUGGAACUGCGGAUCCAGAGAACUUGCUCUCACCAGAGGAACGUAUCACGCCGCUUGAGUACCGCACGAAACACCGUGGUGGGGGGCAAAAGGAGCCGACGAUCAUCGAUGUGAGAGAGAAGGUCCAGUUCGACAUCUGUAGCCUGGAGAAUAGCAUCAACAUCCCGAUGUCCACGAUCUUAGCUUCUGCUUUCAGCUCGGUGAACACUGGGGAUUCUUCAGCCGACGGAUUGCCCACGUUGCCCUCAUGGGUGCCAUCGGACGUGGCCUCGUCGACGUCUACUGACCCUGUAUAUGUGGUGUGUCGUCUUGGCAACGACUCCCAGGUCGCUGUCAAAAGGCUGAAGGAGCUGGGCUUGGAUCGAGAAGGACAGAGGAUAGUGGCCGACAUUCGAGGGGGUUUUCGCGCUUGGAAAGAACAGGUUGACCCUGAAUGGCCGGAGUAUUAGAGAAGUAGAGUCGUAUGUAUAUAGCUUGAUAGAAAAGUAGAGUGCUCGAUGGAAGACAUUGUGAUAGGGGUGAGAAGCUGAAUCGUUAGAAUAAAGAAGAUGAAGGGUAGAAUCGACUGCCGAGAGAAAAAAAGGGGCAUGCUAAAAACAAAUCCCCGAAGGGAUUCGUACCCACGAUGCUAUUGAGCCAGGUGGAGACAAAUGGUCGUGAUGAACGACCGCUCGACUAUUGGGGAGCUAACAUAAAAGUACGAUUAUGAG